UAAAACUAAACAAUAGUCCAGCCCAGGAUCAUACUGCACUGAGCGCCGUCAGGAGAGGACAACACUGCUGACAUACUUAUACACCAUCUACGUGUAAUAACUUGGAGCAUGAGCUGCUGAGAUCAGACCAGAGACUAUACAGGAAGAAAAAAGAAAUACUAGACUGCAGACAUGUCUGACGGGAAUGCCAUAAUGAAGGAAGAGGAGCUGGCAGACACGGAGAAGAAGAGACUCCCCAGAAGGAUAAUCCAUUUUGCCAGUGGAGAGGUGAUGGAAGAGUACAGCACAGAGGAAGAAGAGGAGGAGGAAGAGGAGGAAGAUCAGAGGAUCGACUUUCGGAAUGUGGACACGACGCAGAUGAGCUGGAUCACAUACGUACAGUUCUGGAUAGUUCGGGUUGCAACCACCACCUUUUAUACAUGUGAUUUCCUUGGAGGAAAACUGGCAAACCUGUUUGGUCUAAAUUCUCCCAAAUAUCAGUAUGCUAUUGAUGAAUACAACAGAGCACAGGAAGAGGACAGCGAUGAAGAGGAUGAUGGUACUUAUAUUGAAGAAAUUGGAGAUACGAAUGUCCUCCGAGAGAAGGAUCACUUACAGAUGCAGAGCAUGGAAUAUGGAACCAUUCAAAGCCAGGAGACAUCACUGGAUGCAGAAGACAAAUUUCAUCUAGACUCGGAGACUCACAAGUCUAACCCUAGUCUGAAUGAGAAAUAGUCAGAGGAUCUUAAUGCACACUCAAACUCAAGACUAAGUUACAGUCACAAAUGGUUUUAUGUGAAAGGGAUGAUGGUCUUCAAGUUGGUGACUAUGAAAGCUGGAGGUGGACCUUCAUGAAUCCUGGUAGCCAACCCAAGUCUACCAACUAUCAAGGAUGCUGUAUACUUUAAAGACUGUAGCAUUUAUCUAAAGAUGAAAUGAACAUUGUAUAAUGGAACAAGAGGAAUCCUUGCAAUGAGGCAAGAUGGCAGCACAGUAUGGCAGAUAACGAUUUCCCUACCACCCCUCUUUUUUUUUUCUAUUACAUUAAUGGUGUGAGAGUAGACAGGUUGUGCUUUUACUGAUUGAAGGAGGUUAUUAUAAAGAUAUAACAAUUUCCUGUUUACUGUCCUGACUUCCUGUCCACUGCAUCGAUAAAAACAGUGGUAGGGAAAAUCAAAAAAAAAAGGAAUGUUGGGAGCCAUGUUUGGUUCCUCAGAUCCACAACUGAAAAGUUGCAGGUUGACUAAGUUGUGGUUUAAUAGGCAAGGAACUGAAUGUACUGGAGUCAUACAACUGUUCCUGUGCAAAUAAAUAUCUGUUCCUAUGCAAA